AAUACCCUCUAUUUUUCGAAACUUUCCACAUCGAAAGAGAUUCAUUUGUGACAAGUGGUUCCUGCUGACUGGGCUAUUGAAGCAAACAUGAAUCAAUUUUACAUGACAUUUAUAGUACUUUUCGCCCCCCAUUGCAUUUGUCAAAGAGAACCAUUACAACUAGCCUAUUUUACUCCAAAACAGACGUACCUGCAACCUCACGAAAUACAACAUACCUGGAUUAUUCGUCAAUUUAGUCUGCACGAGAAAUACAACACUAGUGAGAUUUUAUCCCCUAUGUUACACGCGCCUACAACCGAUGAAUACGAAUGGUACCUUCAAAUAUUACCAAAUUACAUCGACGAAGGAACUAAAACCGUGUCUCUACGGGUAUAUUUAUCCAAAAACAGUACGGUUAGAGAGGCGACUGCGAUGACCAAUGUUUCGAUUAUAGAUGAUAAAAAACAAGUUCUACAUUCUAAAAACUUCAAGACACCGAAAGAGUGCAUAGCCGGAGCACGUCAGGCUUGGGGCUGGCUGGACUUUUGCAUCAGAGAUUAUUUUUUCAGAACUCAUUUACUCCGAAACGACACGUUAACACUGUCAAUCAACAUAAAAUGGUCGUCUGAACAUUCGCACGAGGUUGUUCAAACUAAUCCUGUACUCGAGACAACUAUCAUCAAAUGCAAUCACUCAGAAAACUAUGCAUCGAUGCUGGGAAAUCCGGAAUUCGCGGAUGUUGUAUUUAUCACAAAUGGUGGCAACUAUCCAGCUCAUAAGAGUAUUUUAGCCGCACAAAGUCCUGUUUUCGCUGCCAUGUUUCGACAAAAAGAUACAAAAAAUGGGAAAAAUAAGAAAAUUCGAAUAAACGUCAGCAAAAACAUUGACGAAGAAGUACUACACGCUAUGCUAAGAUAUAUUUACACCGGGAAAUGUGACAAUUUCGAGAAACUAGCCGACAAACUAUUCCUAGCAGCAGCAAAAUAUGGUUUGGACGGAUUGCGGAAAAUUUGCGAAAAAACGCUUUGUAAGACUUUGUCAAUUAAGAAUGCAGCAAAGCUGUUGGUAUUUGCCGAAGAACAUCACGCCAAUCUAUUGAAAUCCAAAGCAGAAGAAUUCAUAGCAAACAAUCGACUAAAGAGUUGAACACACCCAUCACAGGCUAGGAAAUUUUCAACAAUUUCAUGAAAUGCUCGUUUAAACAUUGCAAAUGGUGCCAUCGGCAGUGUUAAUGCGAAUAUAAAUUUUUUCAUGGU